CAAAGAAGUCCCAAAGUCAUGGCUGCAGGAAAGUGGACGCACUUAGGAAUAAGUGGGAGGUCAAUGUGCGAGCCAAGUACGUUAAGGGUCACCACAGAGGAUCAAAAAAGCAAGCUGUCACCCUUGGCUCAACCUCCUGUGAGUGCACUUGUAACAAGCCCAAGCUUGAGGGCUACCCUUGCAGUCAUGUGCUCCGGGCGGCUGCUGUUCAAAAAAUCAGCGUCGAGCCAUACAUAUCGCCGUACUUCAACAUGUACAAUCUGUACAACACUUGGAACGGUGAGUUCUGGGCUUGGGGCAUUGAUAUGAACUACAAAAUGUUGUGGCCAGAUGGGCCGAAAUGGGUUCCGAACACCGACUUGAUGAGAACCGCAAAGGGACGACGUCAGUCUAGGCGUCAUCGCAAUGACAUGGACCAUAGCCAGAUGGGAGAACCAAGGCGAUGCCGCGUUUGCAGGUGUCCUGGACAUUCACGCAAAGACUGCCCGUAUCGAGCCAACAACAACGCAUGAUGUUGAUAUAUAUGUACUCGCCAUGUCUAUUUAUAUUUCUACUCGUUAUGUGUACUUAUAUUAAAUUUAAAUUGAUUCUCUUUGUAUUAUUGUACUCCUGAUGUUAACUUCAGAUAAUUAAUGUUAUGGGUGAAGUGCCAGUGCUUUUGCAGGGGCCCCAUGACGCCGGCCACCGUUGCCACCUAUUUUUGAAACCAAAUACUAAGCAUGAUUAUCGGCCUUUCAGACUUCGAACCAUAAAGAAAACAUGGCCAAUACACAAUCAUUUCCUUGCUCACCUUGACGCUUAUGGACUACAAGGUUUUGCUAGGCUCACAUCAUGCGACGACCAAGUACGUUCGGACCCAUCCCUUUUGACAUCCCUCGUUGACCGGUGGAGACCUGAAACCCACACCUUUCACUUUCGUUUUGGGGAGCUUGCACCUACACUGAAAGAUGUUUCUAUGAUCACUGCUCUACCAAUUAGAGGUGAGCCGGUAGUCUCUCCACGAGUGUCUCCAUCUUGGGCAUUAGAUAUAGCAGCCCGUCUUGGGAUGGAAAUGCCAGAAUCACAACGUUCUGGUAACCCUCGGGGCAUCCCACUCGUCUGGCUUCAUGAUAACUUUCUUAAUUUAUCUAGCUUCGCCAAUGAGGAGACGAGAAAAAGACAUCUGUUUGCGUAUUUGUUGUGGCUCCUCGGGAAUCUAUUUCCAAAUUCACAUGGGGACGUUGUUGUCCCUGGUCUCAUCUACAUUGCAGAGAAUAUGGUAGAUGAACCUUUACCCGAGCAGCCAAAAUACAGCUUCGGUUCUGCCAUGCUAUCUCAUACAUACAGAGGCUUGUGUGAUGCCACGCAAAAAACCUCUUUCGCACAAAAAGCUCCAUUACUUUGUGUCGCCUAUGAGUUUCUACAGUUGUGGUCCUGGGAAUACCUCCCUGUAGGACGACCUCGUAUAGUACAACCCAUAUACCCAUACGACUUUGGCGAGGGUGCUAGCGCAACUAUGGCCACCAGGUGGACAAAGGCACGGAAACGUUGGUCUCCAGAUAUUGCGAAAAAUUGUUACCCUAUGUACCACCAGCAGUUUGAGAUACUUGAUGAGGCAGAAGUCACAUGGAACCCGUGGACUCAGGACCAGCUAAAAAUGGUCUUUGAUGCUCGACACUUCACACCAGGCAUGUUGACCGAUAGUGCAUUCUGGCUGACUCGCUGCAACUUAUUGUUCCUGUGGUGUGUUGAACCUUACAACCCAGAGCGUGUAAUGAGACAGUUCGGUCUCUAUCAAGAAAUUCCACCACCUUUUCCCAGACGUAUCGACGAGGAAACACAUAAGCUAACAAAUAUGGGCAGGGGUUGGAGUUUAUACGAUUGGAGGGAAGAGAACAGUGAAUGGGUACACAAGUGGAAAAUGAAGCGCUAGCAGAUAUAGUGCGUCAACUUAGACCGUACGAUGGAAGUACAGAUCAAGCGUACAAGCAGUGGUACUGCAUGAACACACGUGCUAGCCUGGCCAGUCAGCCAGCUACUAUACCAACACAUCUCACACAAGAGGAGCAGGCGCGGAGACAUGUUGAGCUGCAUGCAGCUUACUAUCGUGACCACCUGCUUGAAAAUGUCAACGAAGUAGGGCAGAUGGCUACGGAUAGCAUGCCGGCCCAGGGCCCAUAUCGCAAGACAUUCCAGAAACUUUUGCAACAAUUCGUGGCAAAGAAGUUCAGAUGCGGUAGAGGCGACGACGUUGCCACUGGAGCAUACAUGCCGGUAGCGAGGUCAGCCAGACCGAGUGCGGCACCGUCGUCCAGACCGAGCGAGGCGCGUACGAGCCAUGAGCAAUGGGGGGAGGGUCCGAGUACUAGAACGACAUUGCCACGACAUGACUCAUCUCUGCCGCUGCAUCGCUCUUCUUCGAUGCAGCUUCGUCAGGGGCAGACAUCUCAGGACCAUGGCACGGGCUUGGAUUCGAUGCCCGAGCAGUUUCUUUCCCCUAACCCAUAUGCGUACACAGGAUAUGAUGCAUACACCCAAGGUGAGGGAUCUCAGCCGUAUCUCUCCACGCGAGGGAUCCCCAUGCCCGAGGAGACUCGUGUACCAGAUUUAAACCAGCACCACGUACAAUGGCCAGACAGUAUAGGAGAGGGAUAUGCUCAGGACACACCUGAUGUUAAUUGGGGCGAUGAGAACACCCAACGCGGCGUCAACACAGGCCUCCGGGGAGCAUCACAUGAUCAUGGCGUCAACACAGGCCUCCGGGGAGCAUCACAUGAUCUUGGCGACACGGUUACAUCAUUAGUUACAGAGUUCUUCGGAGGGGACGUUAUUGGCCCAUCUUUUAUCCCCCCGGAGUCACAACCAUACGCCUACAAUUACGCUUCAGGUUCGCAACAAGGAUUCGUGACUCCACCACCUACGCAGGACUCGCAGACACAUGAAGCCGAAUUGGAGUACGGCCGCGGUCUUCGUGUGCCCCGGCCACCUAAUCGCUUGUCGCCUUCCGGUCGUAAGGAAAGGCCAGGUGGUCGUCGUAAAGUAGGGUGAUUCAUCUAUGCACGUGCGCGACCCAUUGUAUCUACAUAUGUGUGUAUCAGACUUUUCAAUUUGAACAUCUAUGUAUGCUGAAAUAAAAAUGCACCAGUCAGGAACAAUUUUU